AGCACGGUAGAUCGAUUAACCUUAAAUGGGUUAAUGCGUUUAAUUUGCCGUUUGACAUCAUCAUUUCUCUAACUUGGAUGACUUGGCUGGCUGCCUCUCGUAUUGGCGCAUAACAGCACCAAUCACCUAAGUUAGGGAAAGGGAAAACUUGAAAAACGUCACAACCACAUUCAGGGUUACGUAUGUACCUAGAUAGACCGCUAUUGUCUCGUUAGUUGUCAUUACAAGUUUCAAUAAAUAAAGGUCUUUCAAUCUUCCCUUUGUUCCCACUGCUCUGAGGGAGACUUUACUAUUUUGAAAAGUGUCUUGGCUGCGAAUGCGCAACUAACAAGUCGCUUGAAGUCAACAAGCAACAGCGGUAUAUGAUCUAAUAGGUAGGUAUUUACCAACUAUUUUAUACUUAUCGAACGACACGACAACCGCGUCUUCCUUAUUUAAUCGACUUCUUCGACAAUAUUUAACAGCUCUCCACCAAUACAUCUACCAUUAGACAAUCAAUUCUACUUCGAUCCUAAGAACAAGAUGGCGGGCGUUAUCGCGAAAUUUGUAUCGAAAAAGAUCCUUAAGGAGACAGCAGGGAACCAAUUCGGAGCGGCAGACCCAUACUUCGAACAAGUUCCAGCGACAAGGCUUGAUGGCACACCAACAGGGAAGUUUAAGAAGGUCCGCAAAGCCUUACCGCCUGGCCUUUCGGAGCACGAUGCGAAGAUCUUGACCAAGGUGAAGAGAAGAGCAUACCGACUAGAUAUGAGCUUUGGGAGCUUCAUGGGGUUGAAGUUUGGUUGGGGCAGUGUUAUCGGUAUCGUCCCUUUUGCUGGAGAUGUCGUCGAUGCCCUUCUCGCGAUGAUGGUAGUCCGUACAGCCAAGCAGGUUGAAGGAGGGCUUCCGGUUCAGAUAUGGGCCUGGAUGUAUGUGCUGGUGUUGAUAGAUCUUAUCGCCGGGUUGGUCCCGUUUGUCGGAGAUAUUGCCGAUGCCGUCAUUCUUGCCAACACACGUAACGCAGUGGCAUUAGAAGAUUAUCUACGAAAGAAAGGCAAGAAGAAUCUUCGCGCUAGUAAAUUGCCGGUGCCAGAUUUGGACCCCAGCGAUGCGGCCGAGUUUGAUCGAUUUAAUUCGGAGUCACCUGAGCACGCGUCGUCUCGAGCUACGCGUCAAGGUGAAAGGUCUAGAGACCAAUUACGAACAGACCAUGUUCCCCAGGAAACCGGUGUCGCAACCGAAUUGGCCCAACCGUCACAACCCGCUCGAGUCAGGGUUCAUGACGAUCGACGAGGAGGCUCGAGCAGAAGUUUCUUUGGGUUAGGUAGCAAGAGAUCUCGUCCAGCUGAUAUCGAGGCUGGUAGACGGAACUAGGGACCCGCUAACAAUUACGAGCUGUGGGGUUCAAUUAAGAAGAUCAGAUCGCGUUAAUUACUUUGGAGGGGCUUCUUCAUACGCGUCACGAUACUACGAGUUUGGUUUCUCCGUACGAGACCGUUUACUAUUAUUGUUCGAUUUGGCUUUUAUGCUUUUGACUAUUCUUGAUUAUUUCGAAAUUGGGACACGACAAUGCAUAUGAUGCAUAAUGUAGGAUGAGCAUAGCAGGUCUAGGUGCAACGGCAAAUUAAGCAGACGAAUAGAUGAGACUAAGAUACCAUAUAAACAUUAUGUCAUAAUGGAGGGGGGUUCAUAUUUAAUGAGAUGGCAGCUAUUAGUACUAGACUUUUAUGAGACAAUGGAUUGGAUUACACUAUUUGAAACAACGAGUUCUGUUACUCUGGAGC